AGAGAGGACAGCUGUCGACAGAGCCUCUCAAGAUGUUUACCCCAAAUGGCAUACCUAACGGCGCUGCCUUCCGUAGAUCAGUGAACAAGUGUCAUCAUCCACAACGUAUUCUAAUUACUGGAGGUGCUGGUUACCUUGGUUCCUGUAUCGUACCCUUGCUCCUCGACCAGAAUUACCACGUCAUCGUUUACGACAUCUUCCGUUGGGGCGUCAGUCCCUUACUUCCCGUUGUGGGUAACAGCCGUUUAACCCUAAUUCAUGGUGACGUUCGGGACGUGGAAGCACUGAGCAAAGCAAUGGAGAACGUCGACGCCGUCAUUCACCUUGCCGCCAUCGUCGGCUACCCGGCGUGCAGCCAAAAUCCGGACUUAGCAACUUCGGUGAACGUGCAAGGAACGCAAGCUGUGGUCCAGUGCAUGCUUCCGCAUCAAAAACUCGUGUACGCGUCGACUGGUUCUUGCUACGGAGCCGUCGCUAAUGGCUUGUGCACGGAAGACACGCCGAUCUCUCCCCUCUCUUUGUACGGUCGAACCAAAGCGGAAGGCGAAGCUGUCGUCCUCGAACGCGGCGGAAUCGCCUUGAGACUGGCCACCGUGUUUGGAGUCUCACCGCGAAUGCGGAUCGAUCUUCUCGUCAAUGACCUCACACAGAGAGCCUUGCAAGAAAAGAAAAUCAACCUAUACGAAGCCAAUUUUCACCGAACAUUCAUCCACGUGAAAGACACGGCUCGAGCAUUCCUCUUCGCUUUGGACCACUAUGGCCGGAUGCAAGGUGGAGCGUUUAAUGUUGGAGACGAUUCCAUGAACAUGACUAAAGGAGAAGUGGCCAGAAGAAUUCAAAAGAAGGUUCCUGGCUGUGUGAUUGUAUUCUCUGAGGAUGGAGAAGAUCAGGACAAGAGGAACUAUAGAGUAUCUCACGAGCGCAUUCAAAGGCUUGGCUUCCAUGCCCACAUAACUCUUGAGAAUGGUAUCGAUGAACUCAUAAAAACGCUGCCACACAUGUCGUUCAAUGAAUUGGCGGCCAGCAGAAAUGUUUGCACUUAAUAAAAACUGCUUCUUUUCGA